CCUGCAGGCAGCAGGCAGUGAGAGUAGUUUCUAAGAGUGCUGAUAAUUUGGACUUCAUACAGCAGAUGCUCACAUACAGUGAUACUCGUACAUUUGUCAGUGGAGGAUGGGCCGCUCACACGUCGCAUAUGGACGAAGGAAAAUAAAGAUUUGAGUGGGAAAAGUUCCCGUUUUCCCGCAGCGGAUGAGCAGCUGCUGGAAACAAAGCCUUAAUGGCCAAACGCGGAUUCACUUUUUUCGUCUGUCCUCAUUUGUGUAGGUGGCGGCAUUAGCGGCCGUGGCGUUGUUGAUUCAACAUUUUAUUUGAUAACAUAUUCAGGCUUCUUCUUUGCUACAGCAGCAGUUUUGGGGUUUUUUUUUUGGCUUUUUCUGCACUGACGACCGGGAAGAUUUUGGGGCGGUGAGAUGCUCCGUUUGGAGGACUGAGCUGCUCCUGAGCUCCAGCAUGGGAGAAUGAAGCAGGGUCUUGCUUCCAUGAAGAUGGUGCCAUGUUGCCUUGAGGGGAUGAUAUCUGCAUGUCUGACAUCAGGUUUAAUGUGAACUCUCCAGCAACGAUGUCUGACCACCCUGGAGAAGAAUGGUUCUCUCCACUACCAUUUCCCUCCCGAGGACAUGGGACAUUAAUGCCAGUCUCUGCUGCCUCGUUACGGGGUUGCUGAACCUUUCUGAGAGGCCACCAAUGGAGUACCCCUUGGCAAACAUUUCCCUGGGCUCCAGGUCUCCCCCGGAGCCAGUCACCCCAACAGCAGAGGCUCCCGAAAUCAAGCAAGGUGUCGGCCUACCGCUGCAGAUCUUCUUCUGCUUUGUCAUGGUGGUCAUCCUUUUAGUGGCGCUGUCAGGAAACAUAGUGGUGUGCCUGAUGGUGUACCAGAGAUCUGCCAUGCGCUCGGCCAUCAACAUUCUCCUGGCGAGCCUGGCGUUUGCAGACAUGAUGCUGGCCAUCUUGAACAUGCCCUUUGCUCUGGUUACUGUGGUGACCACCGACUGGAUUUUUGGAGAUGUUUUCUGUCGAGUUUCUGCCAUGCUCUUUUGGUUCUUUGUUAUGGAAGGCGCAGCUAUACUGCUUAUAAUAAGCUUAGAUCGUUUUCUUAUCAUUGUGCAGAAGCAAGACAAGCUAAGCCCACAGAGAGCUAAGUUACUCAUAGUGGUCACAUGGGGACUCUCUUUCAUUUUCUCCUUCCCUCUAGCUGUUGGCUCACCUCCCUUACAGAUCCCACCCAGGGCUCCUCAGUGUAUAUUUGGCUACAACAAUGAGCCUGGUUACCAUGCCUAUGUGUUGAUACUAAUGCUAGUCUUCUUCUUCAUACCUUUCAUGGUCAUGCUGUACACUUUUAUGGGGAUCCUGAACACCAUCCGUCACAACGCCAUUCGCAUCCACAGCCACACAGACAGCGUCUGUCUGAGCCAGGCCAGCAAACUGGGCCUCCUCAGCCUCCAGAGGCCCUUCAAGAUGAACAUAGACAUGAGCUUCAAGACCCGUGCCUUCACCACCAUCCUCAUCCUCUUCUCUGUGUUUACGGUGUGCUGGGCACCCUUCACUGCCUUCAGCUUGGUAACUACCUUCAGCGACAGGUUCUACCACAAAGACAGCUUUUUUCAAAUCAGCACAUGGGCCCUAUGGUUGUGCUACCUCAAGUCAGCCCUCAACCCUCUUAUUUACUACUGGCGGAUCAAGAAGUUCCGCGAUGCCUGCCUUGAUCUGAUGCCCAAAUACUUUAAGUUUCUUCCUCAGCUGCCAGGCAACACAAAAAGGCGCAUACAGCCUAGCGCUGUGUAUAUAUGUGGAGAGCAUCGCUCUGUGGUGUAACUCCACACUGAAACACUGUUAAAAUACAUCUUUACAAAAUGUACCUUGCCUCACUAGGGUUUUUUUUCUGGUGGUUUAUGUCUCUUAGCAGGCUUUAAAACUGAAAUUAACACUGCAUUAAAAACAUAGGGGACUGACGUGGCAUGGUUUACUGCUACACAAACCAGAUUGAAGAUCUAAUCCAGAAGGUACAGGUUGAGCCAAACAUCCAAGAGUUGUAAAGGUUGUGAUAUUACCUGGGAUUUUACAAGAUAAAAACAGGACUAUGCCUUUGGUGGCAACGUUUCCCUGGUGUCGCAGUGUAAGAGCUGAUUUUCAGUACUGAAACUGUUCUUUCUGAUAACUUACUUGAAGAUUAGGAACACACAUUUUUCCUAUUGAACAUCAAACCAGACUGGUCACAUAUUUUACAAGUGAAGAAGAGUUUUGUUUGAGCUUUUUUGCAGGUAAGUCCACAUGAAGUAGCAACAUUAUCAAAUAUAGAGCCGGUUAUUGGGUAGUAAUUACAUAUAUGUCAGACAGGAAAUUCAGAGUGUUUGAAUCCUUUUGAAAGGGCAAAGGAGAACUGCAAAAAAGUGACGUUCUUCUGUCAUUUAUGGAUUAUAGACACGGCUUAAGUAAACAUAAGCAGCCCUUCAGUAUGAUCUCUUGCGGCAACAGAAAAUAGACAUGCUCCUUGCUGGGUGCUGGAACACUUUUCAGAAUCCUUGCAGAUUUUAGCCAGCAGCUUGCUUUGUGCAUAUGCUUUUAAAAUGUGUAGUUUUCUACUUCUCUUUAAUGUAGUCGAGUGUUCACAAUGCUACUUAAAAACCUUUCUCAUUCCCAGCACUCAAACCACUUCUCGAUUCACCCAAAAAUAUAUACAUUUUUAAAAAAUGAAAUUAAUAUCUUAAAUCUUUUGGUUAGACUAGCUUUCUGGGGGACUUUUAACUAAAAUGGGUAUAUCUCAGGUGUUAUUGAGUGACCUACAUCAUUUGACAGGGUGGAGACAUUAAGAGUGCUCUAUCUGUUCACACUUUAAGAUACUGUCAAAACCACCAGGAACAGCUGGUGAGUAAACCUUGAGGUCAGAAUAUUUGAUGACAAGUUUAUGGUCUAAAGAUUUCAGAUUUUAUGAGCCGUCCAAUAUCAGCUUCAGGGACUUUACAGUUCUUGGUAGCAGAAUAUAAUCGGCUCAACUAAAAGGUGCUGAUACCCUGUACCCAACAUCCUGGAGCAAAUAUUUUAAGUAAGCGCAAAUAUGUUUUUGUCCAAGAAUAAUCUACCACCGUGUGUGCAGUAGAUCUGUUCAGCCUGCCCAGUGUGGUGUAAUAUGAUGUUUUAUUGAUGGCAAAUGUCAGGUUGGAUGUUUUUGUAUUAUCUGCCUCAAUCCCCCCCACAGUGAUUUAAUGCAGUGUUAAUGUCAGUGUGACUCACCACUUUGAAUGGACAGGGUAUAUAUGAAGAUUCUUUGCAAGUUGUGGGACUUCCAACAGCUCAAUGACAACUGGACUCGGCAUGUGGAAGAGAGUUCCUCACAACAGGUGGAUAGGCCAGGUAAAUCCUACAGUUUGUCCUAGACAGCAGCGAGACCCCAGCAGAUAAUGGACAAUUUUGGGUUCACUUCUGUGGAAAUCUUAGGUUGUUCAUUUUUAUAUCCAGUAUAUACAUCUUUAUAUUCAAAGCUAAAUCUGCUGGAUCUCUGUGCCUAUCUGAUAUUUUCCAAACUUGAAUCUUGAAACUUGAGCUCAUCUUUUGAAACACACUGGAAGUCCAGUUGGCCUUUGAGCCUGUAGGGAGUCUCGGCCAUUCAGGAAAUUGUAUUUCCAGAAGUAAUAAAUGUUCUGUUCUGGCUGUUUUGUCUGGGUACUCAGAUAACAGACCAAGCAAAAGGUACAUCUGUCUUUGACUAAGACAUAGGAAUGACCUACUAGUUGAUAAGUGGCUGCAUCUUACAGGUGAAGAUGCUUAUCUCCACCAGCAGCAGCUUCAGAUUUACAGCUAGUUCUAGGCCAACUCAGGUGACUUAUAACUAGGCUUUCAGUACAGUUUUUAGUGCCAAAGUUCUGUCUUGUCAAAAGAGGCAUUAAAUAUUUUUGCUUAAAAUAAGCCUAAAUUUGGAAAUAAUAUCAUGAAACAGUCCAAAUAUGUGAUGCCAUCUUUUUGGAAAUUCAAAUGUAAAACCCAGCCCUGCUUCACAGACCAGAUGAUCUAAAACUGCUGCACUGGAUAAACCUGCUCGAAAGCCAUCACUGCAGCCAUGACUUUCUGUACCCACUGAGCCCACAGUACCCACUCCUCCAAAGGUGAGACAAUGGCUCUCAAUUAAAAAAAAAAAAAAAAAAAACUUUCAAGUGAAGUAAUUGUCUGACGAUAACCAUUAAAAAAAGGGAAAAUGCUUUACAACUCCUAAAAUGCACUG